AUGAUGCAAAUUGAGUCCUUCCGAACUGACCUGCGCAACACCAAAGUGCUCCAAGGCCCAUUCCCAGUCCUCAAUUUCGACACGUUCCCAGAAACCCCACACGAUGCGUUCAAACAAUGGUUCCACGAAGCGACCGACGCUGGAGUGAGGGAGCCGCACGCUAUGACCCUAUCCACAGUAGAUGAAAAUGGAUACCCCGAUGCUCGUGUUCUCAUUUUGAAAAAUGUUGACGAUCGGGGCUGGCAUUUUGCGGUGAAAGCCGAUAGUCCCAAAGGAAAACAACUGCAGAUGAACGGGCGAGCCGCUUUGACAUUCUACUGGCCGCAGGUUGCGCGACAAAUUCGUGUAAAGGGAACAGCGAUCGCGUUAUCAGACGAGGAGAGUGCUCUUGACUACCAAUCACGGCCUUUGGCUUCCAGAAUCAGCGCUGUUGCCUCCAAUCAAAGCGAAGUUCUUCCAGAUUGGGAAGAAUUGACACGGAAUCUUGCCGAAACGAAACUAAAGAUGUCUGAAAAUCACCUGGUUGGCGUUACUCAAUGGAGGGUUUACGCUGUUCUUCCUACUAUCGUUGAAUUCUGGCAAGGGAGUGAUACUCGCCUUCAUCGACGUCUUCGGUAUUCUUACAAACAUGAGCAAAAUGAGUGGCAGAGGGAUUUGCUUUGGCCAUAA